AUGGAGCCAGAGAGCAUAGGCGAUGUGGAGAACCAUACUCAGGAUGAUAGUGGCAGUAUUAUAUCCGGGCCUCGCAAGCGUUCUACAAGCAAGACAUCUAGUGCGAAGAAUAUACGGAAUUCCAGUAAUAUCUCCCCAGCAUCGAUGAUUUUCAGAAACUUGCUGAUACUUGAGGAUGAUUUGAGACGCCAAGCUCACGAACAAAAGAUACUGAAGUGGCAAUUCACUUUAUUCUUAGCGUCUAUGGCCGGUGUAGGUGCGUUUACUUUUUACGAGCUAUACUUUACUACAGAUUAUGUCAAGGGCUUCCAUAGAGUUAUUUUGCAAUUCACUCUUUCUUUUAUUUCCAUUACCGUAGUUCUUUUCCAUAUCAGUGGGCAAUAUAGAAGAACCAUUGUCAUUCCAAGAAGGUUUUUCACCUCCACUAAUAAGGGAAUUAGGCAGUUUAAUGUGAAGCUGGUUAAAGUACAGUCUACGUGGGACGAGAAAUACACAGAUUCAGUAAGAUUUGUGAGUCGAUCAAUUGCUUAUUGUAAUAUUUAUUGCUUGAAAAAAUUCCUGUGGCUUAAAGACGAUAAUACCAUUGUGAAAUUUUGGAAAAGUGUCACAAUACAAUCCCAACCGAGAAUCGGGGCUGUUGAUGUGAAAUUGGUGCUCAAUCCCAGAGCAUUUAGUGCGGAAAUUAGAGAAGGAUGGGAGAUUUAUAGAGACGAGUUUUGGGCCAGGGAAGGUGCAAGAAGACGCAAACAAGCGCAUGAACUCCGACCUAAAUCAGAAUGA